AAAACCCUUUAAUUUUUCAACAGCCAAGACCAGCUGCAACAACAAAAGGGGCAGAAGGGGAGGAACUAGGAACUUGUCUUCUUGGUCAUCUAACUAAUUUCUUCUCUUUGACAGUUGACACUGAAGAUGGGUUCUCAGGUCUCUAAACAGGUUGAAAGAAGAAAAGCAAUCCACACCCAGAAGAAAACUCUAUUUGAUCUUAAAAGCUCAGGGGAAGACUACCCUGGCUCUGAAUACCAUCCCUCAGACAGGAAAAACUGGAUGUCUGAUCUCAACCCAGAGAAAGUUCACAUCAAUCAGAUUGUUUGGCCUGGAACCCAUGAUUCUGCAACCAACAAGAUUGGCAUCCCACUUGUCACUCGCCCUUUCGCUCAAUGCCAAUCCUUGUCCAUCUAUCACCAACUUGUGAGGGGCGCACGUGUUCUUGACAUUCGUGUACAGGAAGAUCGCCGUGUGUGCCAUGGAAUUCUCGUCACUUACAGCAUCGAUGUUGUCAUCAAUGAUGUCAAGAAGUUCUUGAAAGAAACACAAUCUGAGAUCAUAAUCCUUGAGAUCCGAACAGAGUUUGGUCACGAGGAUCCACCUGAAUUUGAUAAGUACUUGGAGGAUCAAUUGGGUGAGUUCUUGAUUCACCAAGAUGAUCACGUUUUUGGAAAGACCAUUGCAGAGUUGUUACCAAAGAGAAUUAUAUGUGUUUGGAAGCCAAGAAAAUCGCCACAGCCUAAGGCAGGGAGUCCCCUGUGGAGUGCAGGGUUUCUGAAGGAUAAUUGGAUCAACACAGAUUUGCCAUCAACCAAGUUCGAUGGCAAUUUGAAGCAUUUGAGCGAGCAGCCACCGGUUACGUCAAGAAAAUACUUCUACAGGGUGGAGAACACGGUUACCCCUGUGGCAGAUAACCCAGUUCUGUGUGUCAAACCCGUCACGGGACGCAUUCGUGGCUAUGCUAGGCUCUUCAUCACUCAGUGCUUCGCAAAGGGCUAUGCAGAUAGAAUUCAGGUGUUUUCUACAGAUUUUAUAGACAAGGAUUUUGUUGAUGCAUGCGUUGGACUCACUCAUGCAAGGAUUGAAGGGAAAGUCUGAAAAUUAUGUAUGUUUUUUAAACCUAUGUAAAUCUUGUUCUGUUUUAUGUUUAUUCUUGUUCAUUGAUUCUGUUUUCUACAUUUGUUUAUCUGUUUAUUAUAUAGUUGAUAAUGUCCAAGAGUCUGCUAUUGUGUUUUUUAUUUGUUGGUUUGUGAACGUGUAUUGAUUUGAUUAUAAAU